UUUCUCAAGACUCCCUACCGCUGUGAAUCUGUGAUGGGGCCAUGCUUGAAAUCAGAACCUUAUCUCUUCAUCAACGCCCUCGAAUGGUCACAACCUCACAAAUUACCUCAUUUUCAAUUCAUCCCUAAGCAGAGAAAAGAAAACAAUGGCAACUCUUCAUUUUGUUCCUUCCGCUUUCUCCCUACCAAAACAAAAGCAACCCAUCAAGCUUUCCUCAGUCAGACCCACUACUCAGAUAAGCUGUUCACGACGGCGCUUGGUGGUCCGGUCGUACAAAGUAGUGAUUGAGCACGAGGGGCAGACUACCGAGCUUGAGGUCGAUCCCGAUGAGAGCAUAUUGAGCAGUGCCUUGGACAAUGGCUUAGAAAUUCCUCACGAUUGCAAGCUUGGAGUUUGCAUGACUUGCCCUGCUCGCCUUGUCAGUGGCACCGUCGACCAAAGCGAAGGUAUGUUGAGCGAUGACGUUGUGGCACAAGGCUAUUCGCUUCUAUGUGUGGCUUAUCCUCGCUCAGAUUGCCACAUUAAAACCAUCCCUGAGGAGGAAUUGUUGGCACUUCAAUUAGCCACGGCUAAUGACUAAAAUCUGAGUACUUCGUUGGAUGAUUUUGUAGAUUUAAUUCUGGUUUAGUUUAUAACUAUAUUGAAAUCGAUCUAUCUGGGAUGUUGUCUCUUUUGGCUGUUGUUUGGUCAUUUGGGUAUAAUGAUAAAUCUUUUCAUUUGAUUCCAGUCAGUAGCAGAUGGAAAUGGAUGUAUAUUGUUAAAGAA